UCAAUAUAUCUUCAAAGGAAUGCAAUGUAAAUUCACUCAAAAGAAGAGGCCGGCAUUAGACACAUGGAAAUAUGUCAAUGGUCCAACAAUCCUUAGCUUAUUCUCUAUAGUAAUCCUUGCUCUAAUUACACUUACUAUUUCCUCUAACCACUACAAAUAUCCCUCCUAAUUAUGAUUUAAACCUUAGUUUAAGAGCAAUAAUUACUAUAAAAACUAUAGGAAGUAGUUUGCAAUAUACUUAACCUAUCGAGAUUCCCUUUUUAUAUUGUGGUUUGUACUCUAUGAAAAGUUCCUACAAUUUGUUGGAAAAGCUUGGGUUAUACAAGAUGUUCUUGAAGGCAACACCAUCCAAGGCUUUAGUUAUUAGAAUCAAUGUUAUCUUCUUUGCUUUCUUUCUUGUUGCAUAUUGCACCCUUCUUCUUCGGCCCUCUUCCCCAUCGGUUUAUCAAGAUAAAGUCGCGUCUUCAUUCCUUGUAAGGUGCUCCUUACGAGAAUGUCAUCACAAGGCAGCGGAAAGUGGAGUCAAAAUGAAAGCAGUUUUAGAAGAUCAAGGAGGAAAUCAAAUGAUAAGCCCUAAGAAGACUAUAGCAAGAAGAGAAAAACCAAAGUUCUUGCAAGAAAUGGGAAUAAGAGGAAUGAAAAUCGGCGCAAUAAACAUGGAGGAUGAAGAUCUUAGUGAAUGGGAAGUACACGGAGACACAAUAGUUAAAGUCCCCUUUGAGAAGGUCUCGGAGCUUUUCGAGUGGAAACACCUUUUCCCUGAAUGGAUCGACGAGGAAGAAGAGAAUGAAGGCUUUCUAUGUCCUGAAGUCCCAAUGCCUACAUUCGAGGAGUAUGGAAAUCUAGACAUGUUGGUGGCUAACUUGCCUUGUAACUUCCCGGAGAAAGGGUGGGCAAGGGACAUGUUUAGGCUGCAAGUUCAUCUGAUAGUUGCGAACAUGGCGGCGAAGAAGGGGAGGAGGGAUUGGUAUGGGAGGACAAAGGUGGUGUUGUUGAGUAAAUGUAGACCAAUGUUGGAUUUGUUUAGGUGUGAUGAUUUGGUAAGAAGAGAAGGAGAUUGGUGGUAUUAUGAGCCAGAAAUGGUGAAGCUUGAGGAAAGAGUUUCUUUGCCUAUGGGUUCAUGUAAUUUGGCUUUGCCUUUGUGGGGACAAGGGGUAAAUGAAGUAUAUGAUGCAUCAAACAUAGAACAAAGCACAAGAAAACCAACCAAACGAGAAGCCUAUGUCACGAUACUACACUCAUCUGAAAGCUAUGUAUGUGGUGCAAUCACCUUAGCACAAAGCCUCCUUCAAACCGGCACGAAACGAGAUCUAGUCAUACUUAUAGACAAAGCCAUCUCCCUCCCUAAACGAAAGGCUCUUGUCGCGGCUGGUUGGAAGAUUCGACUCAUAAAAAGAAUUCGAAACCCUAGAGCCGAGAAGGGCACGUACAAUGAGUACAAUUACUCCAAGUUUAGGCUUUGGCAACUCACGGACUAUGAUAAGUUAGUCUUUAUCGACUCAGACAUAGUUGUGCUACGUAACUUAGACCUUUUAUUCUAUUUCCCACAAAUAACCGCGACAGGCAAUGAUGGCUCAAUAUUUAAUUCAGGGAUCAUGGUACUCGAACCUUCUAAUUGUACAUUUCGUACCCUAAUGGGGCUACGUAAGGAAAUUACUUCGUACAACGGAGGUGACCAAGGGUUCUUAAACGAAGUCUUCGUGUGGUGGCACCGCCUUCCUAGGCGUGUUAACUUCUUAAAGAACUUUUGGUCGAAUUCUUCAUUAGAAGCAAGUGUAAAGAACCACUUGUUCGAGGCCGAUCCUCCUAAGCUAUACUCCAUACAUUACUUAGGCUUGAAGCCAUGGUUAUGUUAUAGAGAUUACGAUUGUAAUUGGGACGUGGCUGAUCAACAUAUAUACGCGAGUGAUGUUGCACAUAAGAGAUGGUGGAAGUUGCAUGAUUCAAUGGAUGCUAAGUUACAAAAAUUUUGUGCACUUACUAAGUUAAGGAAGAGGGAUUUGGAAUGGGAUAGGAAUAAAGCCAACAAGUUAAAAAUUAAUGGGGAUCAUUGGAAAAUCAAUAUUACUGAUAAUAGAAGGUUUGUUAAGCAAGAAUUAUUGUAAGUAAAUGGUUUUGUUUUUGUAGAAAUGAUAUUUUUGUAUGGUUUUGGCUUCAUUUAUCAAAUUCAUUUCAUACUUUUGUAAUUUAUUAUCUUGUGUAGAGGUAUGGAUUAUCUUAAUAUGAGUCGUACAUUAUAUA